CAUCAUCACCAUCACGGGCUAUCGCAGUCCAGGGCCCCGCAGGACAGCCCGUACGAGCGUCCUGGCCGCGCCGCGUGCAAGCUCUACGGCUCCAGCGGCGGUGGCGGUGGCGGCGGUAGCGGUGGCGGCGGCGGCGGCGGCUCGGCGGCCGGAAGCGAUCAGUCGUCAGCGGCCGCCGUCGCGGCCGGCCUCAACUACGAAGACCGAGCCUUGCGUCGGCAAUCAGACGCCCGCGGCCGCGGCCACCAGAACGGUUACGCGUCGUCGCCCAAGGACGUGGUGUGGCCCGGCAACGCGGCGUCCGCGGCCGCCAACGGGUCGCUGCUCCGGCCAAACGUGUGCACGCCCGAAUCUCGCGUCGGCUACGGAUCAGGGAACAGCGUGUCCGGCCUGGACGGCGCCGGCGCCAGCCCGAACUCGGCACGCAACUCGGCCGGCUCGCUGUCCGCCUCGUGGAACACAUGCACCGGCAUCA